AUGAUUGGCCCGCAUAGAUUCAAAGAUGGACUUCGAAGCCUGCAGUUUCUGACAGCACUUCAGCAGCACUCCAGUGUGCUGGCUCCUAUCCUGUGCCACUCAGACAAGAAGCUGACCGCUCAAGACAUAGAAAACCUGUUCAGAGCAGACCUCAGUCCAGUAGGAAGCAACAGGAGGCUGGAGGAAGCCAAAGCACUAAGCUUCUGGGCAGACUAUCUGCUUGAUUGCGAAGAACAACAACAAACUACCGUGUCCCUUGAGGAUUUGCUGAUGUUUUCGUCAGGGCUGUCAUCACUUCCACCUGCUGGAAUUGUACCACAGCCACGCAUAGAGUUUUUAACCAACUCACCAUUCCCAAUGGCAAACACUUGUGCGAAUACUGUCAAGCUACCUCUGUUGCAAUCAUGCCAUGUUUAAGACAAACAUGGAUUUUGGGAUACAAAAUUCUCCUGGAUUUGGAUGCAUUUAAGCAGUACCUGGUUAACUUUUUUUCUUCAAUUAGAGCAACAUCUUCUUUGUCAAGUUCUAUCUGUAAGACUCUCUGGCAUGUAAGGCCUUUGGCAGCCUCUGGCAGGCUUUUGCAUUAUUGAAAAUGCUUAUGUGUUGCAGCAAUAACAUACAUUUAAUGGAAGGAUUGAUUUAAAUGUUAUUUUAUACAGAAAAAUGAAGCUCAACCACAUUCACUCAAAUUUUAAGUCUUUGGAUAAUGCCAUUAUAGUAAGUAAGACUUUAUUUAUAUAGCACAUUUCAUACAAGAAUUGUAGCUCAAGGUGCUUUACAUAAAAUCAAUAAAAACAAUAAUACAAGUGAUAAACAAUUAAAACAAAAAUAAAAAUCCCAAUAAGAUCUCUGUUCAAGAGAGAAAACAACUUUAAAAAGUAGGAAAACCCUUUUGAGAUAAAAUUACUUAAAUGCUUCGGUAAAAAUGUAGGUUUUAAGCUGUCUUUUA